UUUUGCUGGCGCCUCCUGCUUGAUUGCCUCCCGAUGACGUUGCCGGGUUGCUCGCCUCGGCCAUCGUCACGCAGGUGGGCUCGAAGCUAGGCUCCGUCAUCGGGGAUCAGGUCUCGAUGCUGUGCUGCUUCGAGGACGACAUGGUGGACAUGAAGGAGACGCUGGAGACAAUCGGAGCGACGAUGGAGGAUGCAGAGAAGCGGUCGAUCAAGGAGAAGGAAGUGCAGCUGUGGCUGAAGCGGCUCAAGAAUGCCGCCUUGGACAUCUCCGACAUGAUCGACGAGUUCCAGCCAGACUCGAAACAGACUGAUGGAAAUAAGAAGACGGGGAUUUUAUCAUGUGUUGACAUCGCACCCAAGAUUACCAUGGCUAAUAAAAUGAAAAAAGAUGCGUGACCAACUGGAAAAAAAUUAAAGAGGAUCACCUGAAGUUCAAAUUCGAGCCUUACCAAAGAAAUGACAUUGAAUAUCUAGAGAGAGAAACAACAUCCAAGGUCAACAAAGCAGAUAUCAUUGGGAGAGACAAAGAAAGAAAGAGAGUCAUUGCAUCGUUAUCAGCAAGCAACAACCAAGAAGGCGCCAGAAUCCUUCCUAUCUUUGGGCUUGGUGGCAUUGGCAAGACGACAUUGGCAAAGCUAAUUUUCAAUGAUAUCCAUUUCAAGGAUUAUGACCAUCGCGCAUGGGUUUAUGUAUCCCAGGUCUUUGACUUGAGAAGGAUAGGGAACACCAUAAUUUCUCAAGUACUAAAAGAAGGGAGACAUGAUGGGGAUAGUUUGGAGUUCACAACGGACGGCUUCAUGAACUACUUGAUGAUAAAAACACACUAGUUAUUUUGGAUGACCCAUGGGAGAAAGACGACUCUCAGUUGAAUAAGUUGAAGCUUAUGCUUAAUAUUUGUAGCAAGAUGAAAGUUUUAGUAACAACACGCGACGAAGAAAUAGCAAACAGCAUUGGCACCAUUACAACAUGCAAGCUAAGUCCCCUGAACAAUGCGAUGUGCUGGGAUAUUAUUAAGAAAUGUAUCAACUUUGAAUCAAGAGAUGACCAACAACAGUUAGAGCAAAUUGGUCAGGUAAUUGCAACUAAUUGCGGAGGUGUGUCUUUAGCAGCUCAAGCACUAGGGUUCAUGCUAUCCAGAAUGGAUCUGAAGGAACGGAAAGAAGUGAGCAACAGUGACAUAUGAAAUGAACCUUUCACAGAAAAUUCCGUGUUCCCAUCAUUGAAGUUAACAUACAUUGCUAUGCCACAAUAUUUGAAGUUAUGCUUUGCCUAUUGUGCCAUCUUCCCUAGAGGCCACAACAUUGCUAAAGAUAAUCUGAUUCACCAAUGGAUUGCGCUUGAUUUUAUCAAGCCAUCAAAUAUGUUUUCCCUCUUACAGCUUUGUGAGAAGUAUGUGGGGCAGCUCUUAGGCAUGUCAUUUCUUCAGUAUUCAAAGUUGACAACGGUAAGCUAUAAUCUCCCAUGACAGAACAGUUCAUUCAUUCGUUUCACAUCUAUGUCCUGAAUCACCAAAUAUCAAACAAUUUUA